GACGAAGGGCACUGACAUACGCUGGCAUGGCGAGGACGAAGCAGCGGCGUCCAGAGACCGGGAGACGUUCAGUGGCUAGAGUAACUCCAAAUAAGAAUCGAGGGGGAAGCAAAGGAGUGCGCUCUCCAGGAGGAAGAGGAGCUGCAGCAGGCACUGUGACUAGGACGCACAGAUUUCGACCAGGCACCGUUGCUUUGAGGGAAAUCAGAAAAUAUCAAAGGAGUACAGAGCUUCUCAUCAGGAAGCUACCGUUUGCACGCCUGUGCCGCGAGAUCACAAACAUUUUCGCUCCGGAGCCCUUCAGGUGGACAGCAGAGGCUUUGCUUGCCAUGCAAGAGGCCACAGAGGACUUCAUGGUGCACCUGCUAGAAGACUGCAAUUUGUGUGCCAUCCACGCAAAGCGCGUGACCAUCAUGCCGAAAGAUUUGCAGCUGGCGCGGCGCAUUCGAGGACCCUUGGCAGGUGUAUCAUCCUACUGACUCAGCAGGGAGCCCCAUGGCUGGCGCGGAGAGACUGCAAAUGCCAUUUGUAUGGCCCAAACUGCAGCGUUGCCGGACAGCUUUUCUGAUCAUGACGGUUUCUUUGAUGAUACAUGACCAGUCUUUCUGGUGUACAACAAUGAUCACUGGCACACUUUCCUUGUGGGGCCAACGAUGCUGGCAGCGUUUUAGGUGGGCUCAUUGCUGUGUUCCUGCAAUCUACAAAAUGCAGAGGAUGCCAGCAAGCCUAAGCAAGAACCGAUGACAACAGCAUGGCAGAGGAAUGAGAAAUUCAGUCGGCAAAUUUGUGAUAAUGAGAAUGUAAUGGGACAGGCAAUC